AUGAAGUCGGAACCUGGUGUCUCCGACGCUGGUGAUCAAGCUGUCCUUGCAUACCCCCCUCAUGGUCCGCUCGGCCAGGUGCCGAACAUGGCCCAUGAUAUGCGCUAUGCGCACCAGGCACACCCGGGGCCGGGGCUGCCCCUAUUGCAGAAUCCUUUUGUUCCUGGAGCCUACGCCGGUGGUGCUCAAAUACCGAACGCCGGUGCCCCUCAAGGGAGGCCGGAUCCUCCUCCCAAAACUUUCCACUGUGGUACUUGCGGUAAAGGAUUCGCCCGCCGCAGUGACCUUGCAAGGCACGAACGUAUUCACUCCGGUAUCAGGCCUCAUGCUUGUGACUGGCCCGGCUGUGGCAAACAGUUCAUUCAACGUUCAGCUCUGACAGUGCACUCCCGAGUCCACACUGGAGAGAAGCCUCAUAUGUGUGAGAGAUGUGGCAAGCCUUUCAGUGAUUCGUCCUCUUUGGCGCGACACCGCAGAAUCCACUCUGGGAAGCGUCCCUACAAGUGCCCCUACGCGAACUGCCAGAAGACAUUCACUCGCCGCACCACCUUGACACGCCACCAGAACCACCACACGGGCACAAUCGAGGAAGCUGCUGCGGAAACCGAGGCCAAUCUGAGGCAGAACAAGGAGAGAGCGAGAAUGCCUGGCGACAUGUUCUCCGAUCACGGUUCUGUCCAUUCCACUCCCUCUCCGGCACACCAUCCCAUUUCCCCAGCUGGCGACCUUCCCCCCUUGAAUAUGCCUCGCUCCGACUACUACAUGCCGAACGGAUCGAUUCCGCCCCAUGUUCGCGGCGGUUUUACGCAGGCCAGUCCCCGGGCUUCCCCGACCGCCACGUCCCCAUCUUUGUCCAGUUAUGGUAGCGCUCCGCACCCCCGUCCCUCGAUGACUUCCCAUCCGUCGGGAUACGGUCCUCCGCAGCCUCUUGAGCCGCCCGCCAACAACGACCACCGGCCCAAUAGCGUUAGCGGAAGCCCGCACAUGACCAGCCUCGGUUGGCCUUCUCCUUCGCAUGCCAGCAUCCCGUCGCCUGGCUCGGCAACCGACUUCUAUCCUGAAACUAGCGGGCCCGCAUAUCCGAGCGCCAUGCCCCCUCACAUGUACUUCCCCAACUCGACCAUCCGGCGGCCCACGAGCACUGAACCGGAUGGCUAUGAUCUGAAGCACAAGAUGGAGAGCGCCUGGUCGACUCCGGUCUAA